AUGAAUCGAUGGGGAACAUAUCAGCACAGCUCAACUUCGUUAUUAUAUUGUAUUUUCAGACAAAAUCCAGCGCUCAUGCAUGAACAGCAGCUUUUAGCAAGACAAGAAGCCUUGCAACAUGCUUCUGUGGGCAAUUUUAUUGGCUCAAGCAUUGAUGGUUCAAGUUCCGGUUCUGGUUCUGGUUCAGGAUUUAUUCGUUGUGUAUACACAGCGAAAAAUUUAGCCAAUACAAGUGUAACAUUAUUAUGUGAUACAAAAGCAGGUUGCUGUGAAAAAGGUUGCUGUCCACAAGAUCUUUUUUGGUAUAUUGUCUUAUUUAUCUAUUUACUAGCAAUAAUAUAA